UGUGAUAUAACUUCUAUAUCAAAAUUUGAAUAAACCAGGUUCGCAACUACAGGUUGCUUUAACAAGUAAUUAAUACUAAAGUAGUGCGCAAUGUUAUGUUAUUGAGUAUGCAUGCGUAUUAAUACAAAAUUUCAGGGACUUGUUGUUUGACAUUAGUUGUGUGGCAAUCGUUUCUGAGGAACUGCAAAGCGUUGUAGAGAGUUUAGUCCGCAGAGGAGAUAAUCAGGUGUUAAAAAUGGUGUCUGGAGGCAUGGCAUGUGUGAAAUACUUGCUGUUUGUUUUUAACCUUGUAUUUGCAAUAUCUGGCAUUGCAAUUCUUGCAGUUGGUGCCAUUAUUCAGAAUUUCUACUCAAAUUACACGGAUUUCCUUCAUGGCAAGUUCUUCGUGGGCCCAGUCUUGCUCAUUGUUGUGGGAGUUAUUGUUUUCGUGGUUGCGUUUUUUGGUUGCUGUGGUGCAGUUAAAGAGAACCACUGCAUGAUCAUGACAUUUGCAGGUUUGCUCCUGGUUGUCUUUGGAUUGGAGCUAGCUGGUGGCAUCACAGGCUAUGUGUUGCGAGAUGAUGUUGGGGAUAUGCUGCAGAAUACUGUCAACAGUUCAAUGAGCAAAUAUUCAUACAACAAAGAGAUUACCAAAACCUGGGACAUUAUGCAGCAUGAUCUGCAUUGCUGUGGGACAGAGGGACCUGGAGACUGGAAAAAUGUGUUCAAGAACAAUACUUUACCAGAAACUUGCUGCCCCAGUGUGGAUCCUUGUGAAAUGGAUAGCAAAGAUCAUUAUUAUAAGGAUGGUUGUCUCAGCAUUCUGCAGAAUGAGAUUAAACACUAUGCCCUUCUUCUGGGUGGAGUUGGAAUUGGUCUUGCUUGUGUUCAGUUGAUCGGUGUGGUUUUUGCCUGCUGCUUGGCUAGAUCCAUUCGCAAGGAAUAUGAAACUGUGUAACUUCAUCUCACAGUUACUGGUUCAGGGAAAUAUUGAAUACACAGGUCACAGGAACCAAAGGAACAACUUGAGAUAAUCAGCAGGGGUAAAAAAAAAAGGGCUUCGAGAAAUCAUUAAAACAAUAUAAUUUCUCCAUCCUAUACAGAAGAUUCAGUUUCAUCUUAGAUUUGCAUUGGAAGAGAACUGUAUUGUGCAUUACAGAUUUUGAGUUUUUCUUAUUCCAGAAAAAUGUUUGGAUGAUAGUGAAGCACUAGUCUGACAGUUUGAAAUUAAGUAGAGAGAUAAGAUUCUGACCUAGGUUAUUUUCAAGGUAUAAAAUUAAGCCGUUUCUUUAAAAAACUAAAAUGAUCGUGCUUUGCUUUGUCAGGGUUAUUCAGAUAAUAACAAUAAUGAACCUAAUUCCCAAGGGAUCUUUUUGACUGUUAUUUUGCAGCAGUAUUGCUUUAAUUCCUGUACAUUAAUAUGCUGUCUACAGAGGAUGAGAAAGCUCAGCAUUAUAUUCUAGUAGCUGGCUUGAAAACAUUACUGACAUGCUGUAUAUAUUGAUUAUCACGUCACCACUGACCAGUGUGUUAAGAAAAUAUCUUAGCAUGUUCUGUGGAGAUAGGAUAUACAUACAUGCAUACAAUAGAAAUGAUAUCUUGUAACUGAGAUAAGAUCAGUGAAAGGUUAGAUUUUCCCUUAUCACCUGAUGGACUCAAAUUCAUGUACUAUAGUGUACGUGUAUCGUUUACUGUUGUAUAAGAUGCGAGCUGUUUUCGUCUCUUCUGGAUCAAUGCAUAUGAGCUUGGAAGCCAUGUUACCUUCACCUUUUGUAACUGCAGUCAAGAUGAAGAUGCACAUAGGUUAAGUUCAAGUAACAUAUUACAUUAAUCUCCUCAGUUUUCCAUCCUUGUCAUGUUUAUGGAAGGUGCCAGAGAAGGCAGGAAUAUCUCAGUGUUUAUUAAAGGAAUUAUUUCAGAGGGGGUUGUCAAGCUAUUUUCCUCCAGGGAGCUUGAACUUCUGUAGUGGUGUGAGAAUUGACAGAUUAAAUAGGCAGGUUUGAAUUUGAAUUGGGCUUUGAAGAUAUAUUAGUUAGAAUUCUUAGAGUUGGAAAUGUCGUAGUUGAAUAUUUGUGCAUAAACUUCUCAGGUCACUAUACAGUCACUUUGAAGUCUGGUCAUACAGAGAUGCAAGAUAUGACCUGCCACUGCUAACAGAAGUAUGGGGAAAUAUGCAUGAAAGAGCAGUUUUUAGCCCUACAGUUUAGCAAUAAAUCUACCCAUUUCUGUGGUCUAACAUAUAUGAAGCUAAGAAACUAACGCAUACACCCAUUUCCAAAUAAAUAAUACCUGUUAUUACGUGGAGAAUAAAGAACAUUUUCUUUUCACAUUCCUCCACACUGCUAGCCAGACUGGAGUAUUUGCCAUCACUCAACAUGGUGUUAUAAUCUAUUCUUAGUAACAUUAAUAUAUCUUUUGAUCCUUACCAAAACGUGGUACCUCUGUCCUUUCACUGUCAGGGAAGGAAAGUGUCAGUUGUAUAUUGACCAUUAUUAAAAAAAAGUUGCAUGUUUGGACGUCCAUGCAGUAUUUCAUCACAGUUUUUGUUCUUUACCUUAUUCAUAAUUUGUAACAUUACUACUAAAAAGUCUCAUAAGACUUCAUAUAGAAAAUAUAACAUCACUUAUGUCCAGAGUGUGGGGCCAUAGCCCUUUCCUAGUGACAUCCUGUUGAUUUUGUAAUUUGGUAUUUAUGAUCUGUUCUCAAAAGAGCACCUUUUACUAUUAAUGAAGCUUUCCACCUGUCCAUUAAACAGUCAACAUUCACAUCAUGGUCUGCACUUGGACAAACAUGCAACAUUUCAUAUUUGUGUGAUAUUACACACAGUGGAACUUCUGAUCCAUAAUAGAGAAAAAAUUAUGAAUUAUCUUUCAGUUUAUUUUCUCCAGUUAAAAAAAAAUGUAGUUAUAAGUUCUGAUAAUAUAAAAAAUGAACGUUUAACCAUUUACAUCAAUGUCAUGAACAUAAAAGUUUGAUAAUCUUGGUCUGUUCUGUUCCUCUGUAAGAUACGUUGAGGUUGAUCAUUCCAGCGUAAGUUUGGGUAGCCAGUGUGCGUCUUAAUCUUCUGGGUGUGUAGUCCAUUAAUAGGUUCCAUUCUUUCAAUGUGAUGAAUCCAAUUAAGCCUAUUAUUCUGAUUUCUUUUAUAUAAAUUGAAUGUAUUUGGUUUGUUUCUAAUUUGAUCUUUUAAUGUGUAUUCGUUUAAUUAUUUACAGCAAGUGAUAACUAUUAUAUUUGUACCAGCUGCCUUAGCAGUGAGUAACGAAUUUACAGAUUUUCUUUUGUUUACAGAAUGAACUUAAGUUGUUUUCCUAAACAAUUUCAAGUUGAUUGGUGUUGGUAAUAGAGGCAGUGUUUUCUUGGAGCAACAAAAAAAAAUUUUAAAUGUAGAAUUCUGUAAAGGAUUAAUGAAUCAGCAAGAAUGCAUAUUAUGAGUAAAUUUCACUGUUCAUGUGUUUUCCUUUUUAUUAUUAUGGUGUAUGGAGCAUCAUACUAAGUUCUGUAAAAUAUCUUAGUUUGUACAUACAAUAUAAUUAGAAAACCAGUCUUUUUGAAGAAAUUUGUAACUUUUUCCUGACAAGUUAUUGGUUCUGCUUUGUGACAGUGAAAAGCUGAUAGCUGGAAUACAUUUUUGUUAUUUUAUUUGUUGUAUUGAAUACAUAAAAUUGAUAAAUGCUAGUUUGGAAAAACUGUCUUUGAUUGAUCUACUUGGUUACAGAUGACUAUUUCUGUGAUCACUUUAUGAACAUGUUACUUUGAGUAUGGGUCUGAGAUGAAACUGACACAACAUUGGCUGUUUAAUGUCCCGCUAAACAGAAGCUGUUGCCCUACAGAAUCUUUAUUAAAGGUGGAAUGUCUUUGAAACUGAUAUAAUACUAUAAAGGAAUUCAUUUUAUCAUGUUGGCACAUAUAUAAUACUAAUGCUUCGUGUGCUGUAUUUCUUAUAUAUAUUUAUGGAGUUUGAUGCCUAUUCUUUCUGAAAACUUGAGAUUAUAGUUGUAAUAUUUAUAGGGAUUUGUCUUACAUAUUUUGUACUUACAUACUGUAUAGAAGUCAUGGUUCCCUCUAAUUGCAACCAGAUCUCUCAAACUCAUUUCUGUUGUAACUUAUGUGUUUUCUAUUUUUAUGUAAUUUUUUAUUGACACAGUUAUUAUAAUUUUUGUUAGACCUGUAUCAUUUGGAAGUUGUGUUGUUGAGUAAGUAUGCAUUUAAGAGACUGAUGUUGAGUUAAUACACUGCUAAUUUUAAAUGUAAAUCCACUCUUCACAGUUGAAGUGUCACCCAAAAGAAUGGGCGAACACACUUUCUUGCCUAGUAAUUUUUUUUAUUGAACACUGAGUAUUUUGAAGACUUGAAGGCAGUUGUCACAAAUUUUUAAUGUUUCAUUACUGUUAAAUGUUAUAUGAACUCAUUCUGAAAUCUUAGUCUGAAAAGAGAAAUGUUGUAUUACAUAUGUAUGUGAACUAAACAGAAUACAAAUUGCUUAUUGUAAAAUGUUUGUGUUGAAACGUUCUCAUGAGAAUGCAUAGUCCAUCACUAAAUCAUUGUUUAAUAGCAUUAGGAAUUUCUUCAUCUGUCCUUCAAAGUGUGUAUAUUCAUUGUCAGUGCACUUCAUACCUAGUUAGCUGUAAGAGUUCUUGUCAGACCUUCAGUAUGAGGAGCAUUUCCUACUGUAGGAUACUAUACAUUAGUGUAAAGAAACCUGAAAAAUUAUUUGAAUGGAUUUUAUAGCAGUAGUAUCAGGGUUGAAAUCUAUUUGGGAACAACAGUAAGAAAUCAGAAUAUGAUUCAUGAAGAAAUUAAGAGCAGAUUAAAUUCAGGGAAUGCUGGCUGGCACACAGUUCAUAAUCUUUUGUCUUCUUGUUUGCUGUCUAAAUAUACAUAUGAAAAUGUUCAAAACUAUAAUUCUGCUUUUAUGAGGGUCAUCCAGAAUGUAAAGACUGUUUGGCAAUUAAAAAAAUAUUUUACAUCA